AUGCCUCCUGUCACGGUAUACGUCCUCAAGAAAGACCGCCUAGCACUCUUGGACGAUAUUACCGAUAUUCUCAAGAACGAACGCCUUACGCUAUCUUCCCGAUGCAUCGACAGACUUGGAGACUGUUUGAUGGCCAAGCUAGAGCCUACCCUAAUACCACACGACCGCAAUGACCCUGAUCGCGCAAUCAACCUGGCGCAAAGCGCCCGCCUUCGAAAUAUCAAGGCACAAGGCCCAUAUCGAAUAGUAAAACGGACCAAGACUUCAAAGCACACAUCGGAGCUCCAUCGGAACUCUAAAGUCGUUCGACAUGUCCGCCUUGGACGAUUCGGCGGUUCAAGUGACGUCCACGAGUCUCGUAUGGACGGCGAGUUCAUACCUUUAGAUGGCGCAACUAACAACGAAGACGCAGACGAAUACAAAGCUUUAGCAAUCACGGAAGCGGGACAACAUAGCGUUGAGUCGCGCAAGGUGCCUUCAGCCGUUUUGCAUAAUCACCUAGAUAGCCCGCGCGACACGCAAGAGUCGUUCAUAUCCGGUCUCGACGUUGCAUUAAAAAACAAGCUUCUGGGAGCUGCAAGAGCGAGAGCGCCAAAGAAGACUAAGAUCAGCGCCUGCCUCACUAAUCGGCCGCCUUCUAAGAGACACACCUUCGAACACCCCCCGGGAGACACAAAUUCAUCUUUCUAUUUUCCCAAUACCGCCCCGGCUUUCUCACAAAUGCUUCCCAAUGUGGAUCAAUCUGCAUAUAGCAAGCCAGUGGAGAUAAAGGAGCGUGCAGAUGCCCUUGUCAAGGACGAGCCCCUAUGCAACACCAAGAAUGACUUUCCCACCUUCGAUAGCAAGAACCCGGUUCGGCAUCAAGCUCAUAAUUUCGUUCCUGCCCUCAAGAUCUCGAAUAAGAAUCUUAAGUUGGUCGAUGAAGCUGAGUAUCAGCCUGAAGAUGCAUCAGUUUCGGUGGAGAUAGUGGUGAAAAGUCCUGAGCUCAUCUUCGCCGAUACCAAGGACGAGACGACGUUCCAAACCCAGGCGGACAACACCAUUGACGUCAGCAAAACCUACCCUGAUGUCAAGCACGCCUCGACUCCUUCUCCGGUUGCUGCCAUCACGAUCACGAAGGACACCACUGCUACUGUUAUUCCCAGCACCUUGAACUCAAGUCAGUCUUCAAGUGUCUCCAUGUUUCCGUCUUCUGUAGCAACCGAACAAGCGCUACAGGACACACCUGACUCUACCUUCUUUAGCCAAUCUCAGGAAGUCUUGAUCCAGCCCCGGGGCCACACUAUCACUCGAAUUAUCGACCCAAAAGACCGCCAGCCGCCCACUUCAUCGAUGGCAAGACGCCAGAAACGGCCGCUCAAGGCUCCAAAGAAGGACGCCGCAGUGGAAAUCAACCCUCGCCGCUCUGCGAGAUUGGCUGCCAAGCCUAAACUCGCAUCCGCAACUACUGCAACCAAAGAACGACAGGCGCCAAGACCAACUGCGAAAAACGUUCUUUUGCUAUCUCCAGUGCUUAACCCUGGAUCAAAGCGCGGCCACAAAGGAGAUUCUGAGGAAGAGGAUGAGGAUGAUUAUGAGAAGGAAGGAUAUAAAAGUGGCCGUAAGAAGAAGAUUGUGUCUAAGGCAACGGUUGAAAGGCAGCGUAAGACGAGAGGUAACGCGACGAAGCGCGGUGGUAAUGGGCCCGACGGGAGGACUGCGCUGGAAAGUUAUGGUCUCUAG